ACUGCCUCCGUAACAAUCCACUGUCAGUAGAGAGCUUUUUCAAGAAAUUGCGAAAGAAUCAUAUCUCCACGGACUGUGUGUGCAUAACGUAUCUACUUGUUCUUCUGCGAGUGCAUUUCAGAUACUUUUUUCGAUUUUGUUCCACGUUGAUCGUGUAUGAAGCGCGUGUUCAUAUUAUCAAACGGUGCAGUUGUUGCUUUAUCGAGGAAUACAGAGAUUGACUUUCAGAGGAUUUUAAAGGUAUAAAUAUGACCACUUCAUGGAGCGACAGACUACAGAACUAUGCAGACCUUCCAGCCAACAUGGACGGGCUGGCCAUGAAGAAGUACCGCAGAGAGGCUUACCAUAGAGUUUUUGUAAACAGAAGCUUGGCCAUGGAGAAGAUUAAAUGUUUUGGCUUCGAUAUGGAUUACACUCUAGCCGUGUACAAGUCUCCAGAGUAUGAGUCCCUGGGCUUUGAGCUGACCGUGGAGCGCCUGGUCCACAUCGGUUACCCCCAGGAGCUGCUCAGCUUCGUCUACGACCCCGCCUUCCCCACCAGAGGCCUGGUGUUUGACACCCUGUAUGGGAACCUGUUAAAGGUGGAUGCCUACGGCAACAUCCUGGUCUGUGUCCACGGCUUCAAUUUCCUACGAGGACCUGAAAUACGGGAGCUAUACCCGAACAAGUUCAUCCAACGUGACGAUACUGAACGUUUCUAUAUCCUCAACACUCUCUUCAACUUACCAGAGACCUACCUCUUUGCCUGCCUCGUGGACUUCUUUUCAAACUGUGACAGAUAUGCAAGCUGUGAGACUGGCUUUAAAGAUGGCGACCUCUUCAUGUCCUUCAAGAGCAUGUUCCAGGACAUCCGCGACGCCGUCGACUGGGUCCACUUCAAGGGCACCCUGAAGGAAAAGACAGUAGAGAACCUUGAAAAGUACGUAGUGAGAGACGCAAAGCUGCCUCUCCUGCUGAGUAGAAUGAAUGAAGUCGCCAAGGUGUUCCUGGCCACCAACAGUGACUACAAAUACACACACAAGAUCAUGACAUACCUGUUUGACUUCCCCCACGGCCCAAAGCACGGGACAUCCCACCGGCCGUGGCAGUCCUACUUUGACCUGAUUCUGGUGGACGCCAGGAAGCCUCUGUUCUUUGGAGAGGGAACGGUGCUCCGACAAGUCGACACAACGACAGGGCGGCUGAAGAUCGGGACCUACACCGGACCCCUGCACCAUGGCAUCGUCUACUCUGGAGGUUCUUCUGACAUCGUGUGUGACCUGCUGGGGGCCAAGGGGAAGGGCAUCGUCUACAUCGGAGACCACAUCUUCGGGGACAUCCUCAAGUCCAAGAAACGCCAGGGCUGGAGGACCUUCCUCGUCAUCCCCGAGCUGGCCCAGGAGUUGCAUGUCUGGACUGACAAGAGCUCGUUAUUUGAGGAAUUGCAGGGCCUGGACAUUUUCUUGGCAGAGCUCUACAAGCAUCUGGACAGCAGUAGUAAUGAGAGACCUGACAUCAGUGCUCUCCAGAGAAGGGUCAAGAAAGUGACCCAUGACAUGGACAUGUGCUACGGCAUGAUGGGUAGUCUGUUCAGGUCUGGCUCCAGACAGACUCUGUUUGCCUCUCAGGUGAUGCGCUAUGCUGACCUGUACGCUGCCUCCUUCAUCAACCUCCUGUACUAUCCCUUCAGCUACCUGUUCAGAGCUGCUCACGUACUGAUGCCCCACGAGUCAACGGUGGAGCACGCGCACAUCGACACGGACACCGAGUCCCCCCUGGCCACGCGGAACCGCCACUGCAAUGAGAGCAAGGACCUGGAGUGCUGUAGCAACAAGAACCGCAGCCAGCUGACCCGGUCCAUCAGUGAGAUCAAACCCCCCAACAUGUUCCCCCAGACCCCCCAGGAGAUCACCCACUGCCACGAUGAAGAUGACGAUGAGGAGGAGGAAGAGUAGCUGGGAGGAGGUGUGAUGGCGUGACCCUAACCAGGCUUGAUUCCUUCCUAGAAGGAGGAAGAGAGAGAGAGAGGAGUGAAAACCAUCUUGAUUCCUUUCUGAGGUUUCCCUGAGGAGGUUUUAGAGUAUAAAUACUUCUAGGAAAAUAUAAACUAUAAUGUACUCUAUAGUCCACAGUAAGAGUCAAUGUAGGAUACAUUGGAAUGAGGGGGGAGGGGAUAUGGACAUUGUGGUGUAUCUAUAGGAGAUUUAUAUAGAGAGAAAUGAAGUUACUUUUUAUACUAGAGAUGUAUCAGGAUAUGAAGCUUUUAUGAAUCAGAUCAGACAACGGUAUGUUACUACAGCACGUUGCCCCGUGCCCACCCCUUUUCAAGUUUUAUGUUUUCAAUGGUUGUUUUUUUUCUAUGGAUUUUUAUGAUGAAAUGGGAAACGGUUGACUUGAAGUUGGCCAAUUUUUUAAUUAAAAAAAAAAAGUUGAUGAAGCUAAAACAGUUUUUACGGCAUAGGAUGUUGUAGCAGACAAAUAUACAUGAAUACACACAAGAAGCAAAUGUUACGAACUCUACUUUUCUCUGUACUGACCUUAGUGUCUGGUCAUAGAGAAUAAUUCUCUGUGUGUGUUUACAUAGUCUACCAUAAUGCAGGCACCAUACCGCAGUUUCAAUGUGAAGCACUAAGCACUGCCAAACAGUAUGUACAGUACUGUAUAUAAACUCUAUAUACUGUUUUGCUGUUCUCCUUUUGAAAUGAAAGUGUUCUAGCCUUUUGCUGUACUGGUGAUGCGUAUUGAGCAGCACGGCAAUCCAAAAACAUGGUCCAAAAAAUGUGUUUCUCACUGGUUGUUAUUUUGGUCAUUUUUUUUUUUUUUGCAGUAUAAUUCCUCCCGUCGUGACCCUGUAUAACACAGCUGGUGUGUGUGUGUGUGUGUGUGUGCCCGGCCUUGGCCAAUCAAAAGUUGAGUUUGUGUCGUCCUGAGCGACUGUAACCAAGGCAUCCAUAAUUGUACUAAAGAACAGUGUGGUGUAUGUUUUGGGUUACACAAAGCACAAGUCUGUGGUUAACUAAUUGUCAAUAUUAGCUCGAUAUGACAUGAAAUGUGCUGUCUAUUUAAAGUAUGGUGCAUAAUGUAAUCUGUGAUUCUGUGUGGCUAAUUUCAACUGACGUUUUGAGAUGCAUGAAAUGUUGUUUCUAGGCAACCGUGCGUACAGGGUAUCGAUUAUGCUGCCUCUGUACAGAUGGGGUCUAUGGCAACUGUGGACGGUCACAUAGGCCUAAUGCUAUUGAGAGGCUGUGACCCAGUAUUACUGUUCUCAUACAUGAUACUGUAAAAAGCAUUCAUGCAAAAUACCAUGACAUUUUUUUUUGUUCUCCUGUAGGAUGAUAUGAGAUAUCGAAACCUUCAACAUUGUUACACUAUGUGCAACUAACAUGCAGUAGUAGUUUUACCUUUUUUUUUUACUCAGCUUGGAGUUGUUUGUUUAGGUGUUCUCUUGAAUAUUACAUUGUAACAGUUUUUAUUUUUCAUUGCAUAGAACUGACAUAUUCACCCCUACCUAACCAUACCCUCAUAUUCCACGUGGUUCCUAGUAAUUCUUUGCAGUUAACAUAGAGAGUACAGUAUGUUAUAGGAACAGACCUGAGUUCAAAUACUAUUUAACAUUUUUCAGAAACUUUAGCCUGCUUGGAGUGCCAGGUGGGCAAAGUUGAACAUUUGUGAACAUUUUUCUGGUUCCAUUGCUCCAGGCAAGCUCAGUCAAGCCCCAAUAAAGUAUAUGAAAUGAUUUUGAAUCGUAUUUGAACCCAGGUCUUCUCUACAGUAGGCCUUGAUAUUGAAAAAGGAAAAUCCAGGUUAGCCUGGGUGCUGUGACACUGUGUAGGCCUUGAGAAUGCACGGGCACCAGACAAGGAACCAAUGCCUCGGCGAGAGGGCGUUUGGGUCUGACCGCCCCCAGAGAGGUUAGGGUGGGCCUGGGAAAAGGACAAGGGGCGCCCUCCUGACUGGUGGGAAUAGGUUGUAGACUCACCCUAGCAGGCCUAUGAAGUGUGGAAGAUGAAUAAAGGACUAGCUACAGUAUUCAGGAGUUGUAUUGGUCACAGGGGUAAGAAACACUGCAUGAUGCAAAGAAGCACCUGAUUUUUAUUUAACGAGGCAAGUCAGUUAAGAACAAAUUCUUAUUUUCAAUAAUGGCCUAGGAACAAUGGGUUAAUUGCCUUGUUCAGGGGCAGAACGACAGAUUUGUACCUUGUCAGCUCUGGGAUUCAAAUUUACUAGAUUACUAGCCCAACGCUCUAACCACUAGGCUACCCUGCCGCCCCAAUAUUUCCCACAAGUGUUGCAUUUGCUGUCUCCAAACAUGUUCAAACCUUUUAAUUUCAAAAUGGAAAUUGCACUCGUUGAUUAGGCCCACAAUUCCACUGAAACGUUGAGAUACUUUAAAAAAAAUGUGACUGGAAAAUGUUACCGACUUGGUUAAUGUUGAACUUUCCUGUUUUGCAACGGAAAUGCUAAACAUUUUCAGUUGUGUGUCCUAAUGAACAUGACCCAGAUAAAACAUUUUUUUAUAGGUUAUCUGCAAUAUAUGUGUAUGCUAUGUAAAACAUGCGUAUCACUUUAUUUCUAAGGCAUGUAGUUGUGUAGCUAGAGGUUUCGAUUGGGCUGAUGAAGGGAAGACCAAUAGCGGGUCUGUUUGUAACUCUGUUUUCCGAGACAAGUAUUAAAAAGGGGAAUGUGGGUUCAACUGGGGAUCUUUAACAGAUUCUCCUCUUACUAAAAUUAUUACAGAGGAACUAUAUAGUGGUUCAAUAUUUUAUUACUCUCUGAAAAAAGUAUAUUUUUAAGUAUUGAUUUAACUGGAAAUACCACAGAAACACCUGAGGCAGCUGUGUUUUUCACCUGGUUGGUUAGUCAUGUUUUGUUGUUGGUCUCAUUACUAACGAAUUCAUAAUAAAGCUUGGUCGUAGGGAGGAAAAUUUGAAGUCCUUUUCUGUCAAAACACUUUACAAGACAUUUAUUUCUAUGCAAAGACGCAGUACAGUGCAUUAUACGUGUAAACUAACUUACUAAAAGGCUGGCCAGUGUAAGCAAAUAGCUUACGUCAAAGUUUGAUAACUGUAUGGCUAGAACUAGGUUAGGGCUACAACUGAUAUGUGGAAGAAAAUAACGUGUCCGUCUGUGAGGAAAAAGCUCUGGACACAAGUUCUACAAGGUCAUCUGUGUGGUAACAAUUGUACACUUAAUAAUAAUAAUAAGAUUAGCCUUGCAGACCGAUAUGCUGAACAAUGGGCGAUGUUGAAGAGCAUGUAUUUACCGUGCAUCAGACAUGGCACCUUACUCAACAACACCUUGGUUUUGCUGUUUAUUUGUUUUUUCUAACCAAGUGUUUUCAGAUUCUUAGUUUACAACGUUGUAUAUAAUAUAUGCAUUUCCAUGUUGUUCAAGAAAUGUUCCUUAAAUUCUUUUUUCUUUAGCAUUUUUCUGGUUUCAGACAGUUUUUUUUACUAUAGCGGCUUCAGUGAGUAUGUCUGAGCGAGCUAAACAUGGCGAACAGGUUAAUGCCACCAUCCAUUUAUACAAUUUGUCCAUUUAUACAAAAUUUCAACAAUUGCAGACCGAGCGUGACAACUAUCACGCACUUAUUUCUUUGUGUCAUGUAUUUUCUUGGAUGUUCCUCAGAGUGUUUUGUUUCCAGAAUUAUGAUAUAAUGUGUACAUUGGGGAAAUGACAUAUGUACAAUAAAAGCUAAUCUUCCAUAAUAAGUCA